AUGGCGGAGAGCGGCCAGGUCAACCGGUCGCCUACCGACGCGGUACCUUUGACAGGGGACACACGUGCACCUGUGCACUCCCCAGACGACACAGGGUUCGAGGCGAGCGCACACGGCACGUCUGAACUGUCCAAGUCUCUGGAUGCGGAGGCGACAGACGCCGCAGCCAAGCGACCAGCGGCGGCAUCCUCAGUAGCGUCAAGCAGUGAGCAACCGUUUGACUGCUCCAUCUGUUUUGAGGUGCCGCUGGAGGAUCCUGUGGUCACCAUGUGUGGGCACUUGUUCUGCUGGUCGUGCCUGCACCGCUGGAUGGCGCAACACGCGACGUGUCCGGUUUGCAAGUCGCUGGUGGAUCGGGAACGAGUCAUUCCGCUUUACGGACGCGGGCGCACACGCGAGGACGUCAGCGAUGCCCCGAAGCAGCAGACGAAGGUCGCCAGGCCAAAUGAAGCGAUUCCACCGCGGCCUGCCGCGAGGCGGGUCGAACCUCCACCCCAGACUGCCAACGGAGCGCUUCCGCCGCUGCGGCCGGGAGCAGAGCACCUCAGCGACUGGAACGUCGGCGUCGGUGCGGGCAGCUUCAUGCCGUACGGCACGGCGGGCGGUAUAUCUUUCACUCCGUUCGGACUGUUUCCCUCUAUAUUCGGCGUUCAGUUCACCUUCCCGCCGCAGCCGCCCACGGGAGCGCCGAGCGCUACAUCUUCGACCGCAGCUCGGGUGAAUCCUGGUGACUCAGGCGCUUACGGAGGAGUCCCAGUUUCUGUACAGACUGAAGAUGCAACGCAAGCGAUGGUGAGCCGCAUGCUGCUCAUGCUUGGCAUGUUCGUCAUUAUGUGCUUACUGUUGUUUUGA